AUGCCGCAAUUUCAACAGCAUUUUAUUCAAUCGAGGACCUACCAUGCUGCUAGAGGCAGUCAUUAUGCGGAAUUCAAUCCAGCCAACAGAGCACCCGAAGAUUUAAUGACAAAGGGGCGUAGCACUUUCAGUAAUGCAUCCAGGUGUGCUACAUCGGCAACCAGAAGUGCACUUCUAAGUAACAUUGCCUUCCUAGAACAAGGCAUAUUUACCAAGCAUCUGAGCGAAGAGUGGCGUCUCAGCAUAAAGCCGCGUGUCACAGCUGAAAAUAUGAUCGUACGACAGUGGUAUCUGAGCCACACGGGCUGUGGGAAUGGGGGAUUCCCAGCCGCGGAGCAUCCACAUUCUGCAGAUGAAUUGACGACCCUGCUGGCGCUUAGAUUAAAAUGCAUGACACCGGGAGUAGAUGGAUACGGCCGCAUGAAGCUGUGUCUAAAGGUUGAGAAGGUGGCUGCAGUCGCUUCCAUCCCUUUUAAGGCCAGCGAGCCUGUGCCAGCAAGGCUGAUUGCUCUCUCCGCUGUCGCUACAAUGUUGAGGGGUCGCGCAGCGAUUAUGCUAGAAGUAUCUGUGGCUGGCUAUGGACUAGAACGCUCGGUAUCCCGUGUCUAUCCCCUAGUCAAAUCAGGCGCUGCCUGGAUCGCCGAUAGCCCGAAACCACAGGGUGGGCCUCUAAGCAGUGUGUGUGACCGCGAAAGUGCCAUAGAUACCCACCACAAAGCAGGAUGGGCAAGGCCUUGGAUGAACUCUGUGGAAGGCAUUGGCCGUGCCCGAGUGACUGAGCAAGACAGAAGGUACAAUGUAGCUACUAUCGACAUCAGAAGGGAACAGCGUACCGCGAUGCAUGACAAGGAUGUUCACUACCCGGCUCUCAGCCCUAAAAAAGAUAUGAGAAGCGUAUCACAUAAUUAA